AUGGGCGCGGGCGCGAGCACGGAGUUCAACCCCGAGGCCGUGUCCUUGGGCGACGCGGAAUCCUCCGAGCCCGUGGACGCGGAAGGGUACGACUCCGACCUCGCGGACGACUUCCGCGACCUCAAAGCGCCGAGGGCGAAGCCCGCGCAGGGGCGACCCACGGUCGAGACGUCGAGAGGCAGGCUCGGCCCCGAGCCGAGCGGCGACGCGAAGCGCGCGCUGCCGUGCGCGAAGAAGAUCGUCCCGCCGUUCCAGUACCCGAAAGACCACCCCGAGGGCGCGGAGAAGCUCCCGGACAACAAGCUCAGGCUCGAGUUCGUGCACGGGUAUCGAUCGCACGACGCGCGGCACAACCUGCACUACGACAAGAAGGGGCUCCUCGUGUAUCACGCCGCGGCGUUGGGGAUCGUCCUGAACGCCAAGACGCGGAAGCAGACGUUCUUCGACGCGCACAGCGACGACGUGACCUGCAUCGCGAAGCACCCGGGGGGCGAUUUCUUCGCGACCGGGCAGGUGGGCGACUUCCCCGCGAUUCACGUGUGGCGCUCGAGCGACGCGAAAAAGGUGUGCACGAUUCGAUCCACGGAGCUUCACAAGAACGCCAUCCUGUGCGCGGCGUUCAGCAAGUGCGGGAAGUACCUCGCGAGCGUCGGCGCGGACGAGGCGCACCUCGUCGCCGUGCACGAGUGGGGCCCGCCGGGGUGGGAUCCGCUGAAGGGCGAGGCGACGCCGAAGCUGAUCGCGACGGAAAAGUUUGGCCGCGCGCGUCCGUACGUGUGCGCGUUUAACCCCGUGGACGGUCGCCUCGUCGUCGGCGGAAAGAAGUCGCUGAAGUUCUUCACGAUCGACGACGGGACGCUGCGCGUCGCGCCCGCGCAGUACUCGCACGGCGCGAGCAAAGGCUUCGCCGCGUGCUCGGUGCUGUCGAUCGCGUUUCUUCCCGACGGCAGCACGUUCGCCGGGACGAUGAAGGGGGACGCGUACAAAUACGAGGAGGGCGGAUGCCGCGCUGUGCGAAAGUUCGCCGCGAUUCACCACGGGCCGAUACACGACAUGGCGUUCACCGGGAAGGUGCUGGCGACCGCGGGAAAGGACGGGAAGAUCAAGCUCUGGAGCGUCUUCAUGCAGCCCGUGUUCGAGGUGGACACCGCGAAGGUGGCGGAGGGGUUGCUCGACGCGCACGCGCAGCCGCGGUCGUACGCCGCGGGGAAGGCGCCGUCGAUUCGCGCGUUGGCGCCGAGCGCGGAUGGCCGCAAGCUCGCGUACGGGACCGCGGCGUCGGAGAUUUUCGAGAUUGACAUCACGGACGAGAAGGCGGCGCAGGAUAAGACCAAGGCGAAGCUGCUGAUGAACGGCCACGCGGGCGCGAUCGACCCGAAGACGGGCGCGGACCGCGGCGACGUGUGGGGCCUCGCGAUGCACCCGCGAGAGCCGCGGUUCGUCACCGUGUCCGAGGACCGAUCGAUCCGGCUUUGGAGCCUGAAGGGGAAGACGCAGGAUCGCAUGCUUCGGUUGCCGUCCAAGGGACGAUGCGUGGACUGGCACCCGAAGACGGAGCACGUCGCGGUGGGGACGUACCGCGGCGACGUCAUCGUCGUCGACGUCGAGAAGGGGACCAUCGUUACGCGGACGAAGCUGUCCAACGUCAGGGUCAACGCGGUGAAUUACUCCCCGUGCGGGUGCUUCCUCGGGUGCGCGUCGCAAGACGGCGUGUUUCGCGUCUUGGGCGUGUACGCCGGGCAGAGCGGGUACCAGAUCGUGGAUAAAACCGACGACGUGAAGCCGUUUUUCGUCAUCGACGCCGCGCACGAGGACGACCGCGGCCCGCAGGCGAUGACGCACGUGGACUGGUCGGAAGAUUCGAAGUUCGUGCAGAUCAACACCGCGGGGGGCGACUUGCUCUUUUUCACCGCGCCGCAGUGCGACCCGGUCGAAGCCGCGUUCGCGCCCGUCCGCGACGCGGAGUGGAACUCGUGGACGAUCCCGAUGGGGUGGGCGACGCAAGGCUUAUGGAGCGAGGAUGCGAAGCCCGGGGACCUCAACGCCGUCGCGCGAAGCAACCGCGGGGAUUGGGAAGACGGCGAACGCGUGCUCGCGUGCGGGGACGACUACGGCUCCGUGAAGCUCGCCAAAUAUCCCGCGAACGUGGGCGUGAGCGACGCGCACGAGUACCGCGGACACAGCGCGCACGUCACGAACGUCGCGUUCAGCGCGAGCGACAAGUGGCUCGUCAGCACCGGCGGAGGGGACCGGUGCGUCAUGGUGUGGCGGCACAAGGACGUGGACGGCCCCCCGGACGGUCUCACCCCGGAGGCGGAGGCGAUGCUCGAGGACAAGAAGCUGACGCACGAGGAGAAGGAGGAGCGCGUCCUCGCCAUCGUGCACGAGGCGGUCGGCCCGGACACGGACAGCGAAUCGGACGAGGAGGACGUCGUGUCCUACGACCAGAACGCGGCGUCGUCCAAGCCGGUGAUGAUGCUGCAGACGGGGAUGGAGCACGGUUUGGGCGUCUUCACGCCCGUCAACGCGACGGACGGCGUCCCGAACCCGUACAAGAACCACUCCCUCGCGGAGCUCGGAUGCCGCCGCGGGUACAAGUCCCCGAUGACGGGCAAACCGGUUUUAUCGCAGACGCACGUGCCGUCGUGGUGGAAGAAGGACUCCACGAGCUACGACGUCCCGACGUCGCGUCUGAAGCUGACGUGGGCGUACGGAUUUCGAGGGCACGACGCGCGGCAGAACGCGUGGUAUAACACGAAAGGCGAGGUGUGCUACCACACCGCGGCGUGCGGCGUCGUGUAUAACCCCGCGAGUGAGACGCAGAGGUUGAUCACGGACGAUCCGGAGAGCGACGACGUCGCGGAGGGAAACAGCGACGACGUGUUGUGCAUGACGCGGCACCCGGAGCGGCGGAUUUUCGCGACGGGCGAGAUUGGGGGCAAACCGAAGAUCAUCGUGUGGGACUCGCACGACGUGAAGGCGCUCGCGAUGCUGCAGGGCUUCCAUCGCACCGCGGUGUUGUGCCUGUGUUUCUCGCCGUGCGGGGACUACCUCGCGAGCGUCGGCGCGGACGCGGAGCACAGCGUCGCGGUGUACGAGUGGAAGACGGAGACGCUCGUGGCGACGUACAAGGGGGACCGAAAUAAAAUUCUCGGGAUCAACUGGUCGCCGUUCGACGGGUCGCUCGUGACCACCGGCGUGAAGCACGUCAAGUUCGUGAAGUGCGCGUGGAAGGAGGGCGAGAAGAUUGCGAAGGGGACGGUGUUCCGACCGAGACGGGCGACGCUCGGGAAGAAGGGGAAGUGGCAGAAUUUCUACGCCUGCUCGUUCAUCGACGUCGAAGGCAAACCGCCGCGGACGGUCGUCGGGUGCAAGGGCGGCCAGCUGUACGUGUUCGAGGGGUCCACCCUGACGCAAGUCAUCCCGGGCGCGCACGACGGCAAGGUGAACGCGGUGUACACGCUGCACGAGCACAACGUGCUGCUCACGGGUGGCGACGACGGCGUCGUGUGCUUUUGGAAAGCCUCCGACCUGUCGCCGCUCCACAAGGUCAGGAUCGAGUCCGCGGCGACCGGGAGGCCGGCGCCGAUCUCCUCGCUCACCACGGACGCGAAAGCGAAGGCGCUCGUCGGCACCAAGGUUGGCGAGAUUUGGGAGAUCUCCGACCAAGCGCACCUGCUCGUGGAGUCGCACGAGCGAGGGGAAAUUUGGGGCCUCGCGCCUCACCCCUCCGCCGGCCGCGCCAAGGUGGCCACCGGCGGCGACGACGGCACGAUCCGCAUUUGGAACGUCAAGCCCGGGAAGAAGAGGCACUGCGUCGCGCGCGCGCGCGUCAUCGAGAACGCGAAGCCGCUAAAAUCCGGCGGCGGGCGAUACACGACGGCGGCGGUGCGGUCGUUGGCGUGGCACCCGAGCGGCGGACAACUCGCCGCGGGGACCGUCUCCGGCGCGGUGUCGCUGUUCAAGGUUGACCUGGACGACCCGGAGACGACGCGGAUCGAUAAAGAGCUCGACCUGUGGCGCCCGAAGCUUCGCACCGGGUGGAUCGCGGACAUUAAGUACUCCCCCGCGACGCCGGAUUUCCCCAGCGGCGGGCACUACAUCGCCGUCGGGUCGCACGACAACGUCGUGGACGUGUACGACACGAUGCGCGACCACGCGCUCGUCGGCACGUGCAAAGGGCACGCGUCGUUCAUAACCCACCUCGGGUGGUCGCAAGACGCGAGGUACCUCUGGACCAACAGCGGCGAUUACGAGCUCAUGUUUUGGAAGAUGCCGACGGCGACGCAAGUUAAGAAGGGCAAAGACGUGCAGGACGUCUCGUGGGACGGAUGGACCGGCGUGCUCGGUUUUCAGACCACGGGGGUGUGGUACAAGGGCUCCGACGGCACGGACGUCAACGCGUGCGAGGUGGCCAUCGUCCCCGGAGACCACGGCGUCGAGGAGAGGGUCGUCGCGACCGGGGACGACAGAGGGAUCGUGUCGCUGUUCAAGGCGCCGGCGUUGGGGGGGAAGCCGCGGACGUACGGCGGGCACUCGUCGCACGUCGCCAACGUUCGGUUCGGUCCGGACGGGAGCCAGAUGUUCUCCGCGGGGGGAGGGGACACGAGCAUGCUGCAGUGGGACGUGUACAUGCCCGCGCCGGUGGAGUGA